GCUAUUGUACCAGAAUGUAUAUUGUGACAACUCAAAUUUAAAACAAAAAAAUAUUUUUGUGUGUCAGUAGAUCGAUUUCUCAAAUUUAUUUUCAAAAUAUUCCAAACAAAAUGAAUUCGGAAACGAUGAACACUUCCAUGCAAUCGCGACGAUUGAAUCAUCACGGAACACCCGAAAGUGAAUUCAGUAAUUUCGAAUGCUUUCAAAACUACACAGCUCCCGAAGUAUUCGUACAAGGAUUAGCAGGAAUUGUGAACCAAGGUGACGUAGAAAUUAUGAUCCGAGCACAAAAACAAAUGUUACAGCGAUUCGAAAAGACUAACGAAAUGCUCCUCAAUGUGAACUCACUUAGUACAAGUCGACUGAAAGUAGCUACCGAUGAAUUCAAGAAGCAUACGAAGCUGUUGGCCGAAAUGAAGAAGGAUUUGGAUUACAUUUUCAAGAAGAUUCGAAUCAUCAAAUCGAAGGUCAGUGCACAGUAUCCGGAAGCGUUUGCUGAAGCAAAUUUUUCGAAUAAAACGUUUGCGGAGGAAGCUGAAGAAGACGAAGAAAUGAAUCAAGCGACAAAGGAAAAACCAACACAAUCCAAUCAAAGUGCUGGAGUGUCAGUAAAAGGUAGCAAACCACAGAAAACACCUAGCGACAAAAAGGUUAGCAAAGAAGUGGGCUAUGUGAAAAUGGAGCAUAGUCCCGAUCCAGAAGCAGGACGGUCCGGUGAAGAGACUGAGAAGCGUCAAUCGAUUAUUUCAAACAAAAGUACGUCAACAGAUUCGUCGGAUACAUCUGAUACGGGCUAAUGUGCUAGAUGAAUGAGAAUCAGAAAAUUAAUUUAUUUGAACGGCUGAAGUGAGAGUGAAAGUGCGUGGGAAUUUGCGAGUAUGUUCUAACCAAAUUUAAAUCUGAAUUACAUUGAUGAGAGUUAAAAUGAAA